AAAUAAACACACGUACCAUUGAAAUUUUCAAUUCAAUUUUGCAGCACUAUUAAUCAAACCCUUUUCCAGGGCACACAACAAGAAGAAGCAGCAAAAAUGAUCCCUGGAAUUAUUCCUUUCGUAAUUCACUCCCUGAUUCUGCUCCAGGCUCUUCAUCAGGCAAAAGCUUUGCAUAGAAAAUUAAUCCCUACCAAUGAACAUCAAGACACCCAUCUCCGGCUGCCGGAAAACGGCGACCGCCGCGAUUCCGGCCGGCCGUUAGAUCCGGAACUCAAUGUUUUCUUCCAUUACAACACCCUGAAACCCGGGACGAGGAUCGCGGUCUAUUACCAGACAAACAACCCGUCGACAACUCCCCGUCUUCUCCCCCGGGAAGAAGCCGAUUCGAUCCCCUUUACCUCGACCAAGCUCCCGGACCUCCUCCGGCUCUUUGGAUUUCCCGCCGGAUCGAAACAGGCCGUGGCGAUGAAAUCGACUCUGCAUCACUGCGAACACCCGGCCCUGCGAGGGGAAACCAAAUUCUGUGCCACGUCCCUGGAAUCCAUGCUCGAUUCAGUCCAGGCGAUCUUCGGUAAGAAUUCGAGGUUCCGGGUCCUGACAACGAACCGCCUGUCGGGCCCCCUCCCGCCCCUGCAGAACUAUACCGUGUCCGAACAGCCUAACGAGAUUCGGGCAGCGAAAAUGCUGGGCUGCCACAAGCUGCCCUAUCCGUAUGCAGUUUUCUACUGUCACGGCCAGGCUGGCGACCGGAAGCUUUACAGGGUGCUGCUCGACGGCGACAGCGGCGGCAGAGUCGACGCGGUCGCAAUCUGCCACAUGGACACUUCUCAGUGGGAUCCUGACCACGUGGCGUUUGAGGUUAUGAGAAGUUCCCCUGGAGAAUCUCCUGUCUGCCAUUUCUUCCCGCCUGACAACCUGGUAUGGAUUGCAGGGCCUUGAAGAUGGGUGUCUACGUUUUCCAGGGAAUGGAUUUUCUGGGCUAUCGAUUUUGUAUAAAGGUUUGUUCUUGUGUAGUUCAAUAAAUGUGUGGUUUGAUUGGGCCUGGAUAUUGUUGGUUAUGGACUUGUUGUUGGAACCUUGAUCUAUGCUAACUUAGGUUCUAUUAUUAAUUGGAUCGAAACUUUUAAAUGUUGUUUGAAUGAAAUUUAAAUAGAUUGAUUAUACUAUUCAUAUUUAGGAUGUACGUUUUCUUUUCGAGAGCUAAUUGAAAAAAUUA